AGAUUGUUUCCUAUCCUCCCAUUUUAAACUCAGCGCAUGGUGCGUGGGUUCGGUGCCCCGAUUUACGUCAACGUCUUAGCACAUGGUAGGUGGGUUCGGUACCCGGAUUUAUGUCAACGUCUUUGAAAUGACUGGCUUUAAUUGCAUAAAUGUCCAAACCUGCUCCGGCGGUUCCGCGUGCUCACUGUAAUUCUACUCCUCCUCGUGGAUUUUUUUUUUCCGCAACAAAUUAAUUACCGAUGGAUAGAAGAGGAGAAACGAAAAUUGUUAUGCCACUCCACUCUUCUCUUUUAAAAAGAGGGGAAAUAGGAGCAAAAACAUCAAGAAGAAUCGAUGGAGGAGGUCGAAAAGCUGAGAGAUACUUUUCGAAGGGGUACAACCCGCAGUGCGAAAUGGCGGAAGGGCCAAUUGACAUCUCUACUCAAACUUCUAACUCAAAACGAGAUCGAGAUUUGCAAGGCUCUCCAACAGGACCUCGGCAAGCAUCACAUCGAGGCCUACAGAGACGAGGUGGGGCUGCUCGUCAAAUCCAUAAAACACGCAUUGAAGAACCUGAACCAGUGGAUGGCUCCUGUAAAGGCAGGGGUACCCCUCGUAGCUUUCCCCACCUCCGCUGCGUUGGUCCCUGAACCUCUCGGCAACGUUCUGAUAUUCUCAUCCUGGAACUAUCCAUUUGGGCUAUCACUGGAGCCACUGGUGGGAGCAUUGGCCGCAGGGAACACGGCUGUUGUGAAACCGUCGGAGACGUCCCCUGCAUCGUCAUCGCUGUUGGCGAAGCUUAUCCCAAUGUAUCUCGACAACAAGGCCAUAAUCGUGGUUGAAGGAGGGGUUGUUGUGUGCGAGCAACUACUCCAAAGGAAGUGGGAUCUGAUCUUCUUCACAGCUGCAAAGCAUCUCACCCCCGUAGUGCUUGAAUUGGGUGGGAAAAGCCCUGCCGUUGUAGAUACCCUCUCUAGCUACAGGGAUAGAAAGGUGGCCUCAGCGAGGAUGGUCUCUGCGAAAUGGGGAAGUUGUAAUGGACAAGCAUGCGCAGCAGUUGAUUAUGUUUUGAUAGAUGAGAAAUUCGCCUCUACGUGGAUUGUUACAUUGAAGAGCACACUAAAAACCUUCUAUGGGGAUGACCCGAAACAAUCAAACGCGAUCUCACGGAUCGUGAACAAGCAUCACUACCUCAGACUCAAGAGUCUCCUAGCAGACCCUAGAGUGUCCAAUUCGGUCGUUCAUGGAGGUGGAGUGGACGAUGACAACAUGUACAUAGAGCCGACCAUACUAUUGGACCCCCCUCUGGACUCGGAAAUAAUGACUGAAGAAAUAUUCGGUCCCUUACUUCCCAUCAUCACAUUGAAAAGGAUAGAGGAGAGCAUCGAGUUCAUAAAUUCGAGGCCCAAGCCACUGUGCCUCUACGUUUUCACCUCGCGCUCCGCGCUUGCCGACAAAAUCGUAGUGGAGACGUCCUCGGGCAGCGUGACCGUCAAUGACGCCACUGUUCAGUACGCCGUUGAUUCACUACCUUUCGGAGGGGUCGGACAGAGCGGUUUCGGCAGGUACCAUGGCAAGUUCUCCUUUGAUACCUUCAGCCACACCAAGCCCAUCUUGUGCAGGGGCUUCAUGUUCGAAGUCUACUCGCGGUACCCUCCAUGGAAUGGUUCCAAGCUCAACUUCAUCAAGUCUGUCUAUGCCUUCAAUUACUGGAAACUCGUCCUCCACCUCCUCGGCUUCGGCAGCUCAGCCACCACUUGAACAUCCUAUCACCUUCCCCACCCACCCGGGUACACCACACCUAUUUUAUGUACCUUACUCUUCCGCUUGUUAACAAUUCUUGAAGGUGCUCAAAGCUCAGCUCAGCUCAGCUGAACCUUCAGUUACAUGGAGCAUACUUCUUCAGUGUGUACCUUUACCUGGCAGGAGCUCAUAUUGCUCGUCGUGUAAAAGUUCGGUUUUAUUGAUUGUAUUAAUAUUACUCUCAUUGCCAUACACCGGUAACCCUUGUUUUACAGCAAAGAGAAGCAUAAUAAGCUUAUAAGGUACUUAGAAUACUGGCUCUCGGAUUUUGGAAAAGGCUCCCUAUAAGGAUUGUACAUGUAGCUCUUAAACAAAAAUGAUUUCCAA